UCUGUCCAGUUUUUAAAGUUCAUGGAUGAUGAACCUGAACCAUCUCGGCCUCCAACUCAAGUGUAAAUGAAAGUGAAACUUCCUGUACAGACUGAAGUUGCGUAGUGUUUGGUUUAACAUUGUUUAGAAGUAUCUUCAUGGGUAACAUAACGUUUUUUUUUUAUUAUUAGUGGGACCUUAUUUUGGAUAUUCAUCCAUAACUUUUAAAUUGAAGUAGAGGACGUGAAGACCAGUGAAGGGAAAAUGGCAGAGUCCAGAGAUCAUAAUCAGUUUAAACUCAUCACCACUGAGAGAAACAUUCGGGGUGAUGUUGGUGAUGAUGUCACCCUCCCCUGUCACCUCUCCCCUGAGACCAGUGCUGUUACCAUGACAAUCAGGUGGUUUAGGAGGACAGAGUGUAUUUACCUGUAUAAGAAUGGUCAGGUGACAGAGAGGAGUUACUAUGAGGACAGACUGAGUCUGAUCACCCAGGAGAUGGAGAGAGGAAAUGUGUCUCUGAGGAUGAAAAACAUCAAGGAGUCAGAUUCUGAAGACUACAUCUGUCAGGUCAUCCAUGGAGAACAGAAGGAGGAGGUUGCAUUGUGUUUAGAUGUUAUUAGAGGAGAUAUGUUAGUUGCCUGGAGGGGAUCAGAAAUUUCUUCAUCGAGAAGUAUGUUACGGGAUAGUGGGGGAUCACGAUGGCGUUUUUUAUGUGAGUUAAUAUUUAUUUGUCUUGUUGUUUAUUGA